UCUCUAUGAAUGGAGAAUUCUGGGGACACGCACAGAACAGGCAAACAAGUAAUCAGCCCUUGGACUUGAUUAUAACCCCCCAACACACACAUACACACACACACUACUGAAUCCUCACUCCCCCUGCAUUCCCUGCCUUCAGUUUCAGCGUGUGCUCCAGUGGUGACGCUGCCUCCCUCAGCCCAUGUAAGAGCCACCCAGAGAGGAAAGAUCUGCUUGAACACCUCCUGCUCCUCCUCCUCCUCAUCCUCCUUCUAGCCAGACCCAGGCACUGCAAGGCACCUCCAAGACACAGCUAAGAGACUGGGGGGGAAAGAGAGAGAGAGGCAGAGGGGGAAUAUAUCCAAGGGUUCCAUUCUAGAACGUUAAAGAGAUAUUGAUACAUUUCAGAGGAAGCAUGGAGGUACCACGCCUGAGCCAACACAUCAGCAGCCCUAACAGCCCUUGUGAGGAAAUGAUCAAGAACCUGAGCUUAGAGGCUAUUCAGCUGUGUGAGAGGGACGGGAAUAAAUCUCAAGACAGCGGCAUUGCAGAAAUGGAGGAGCUGCCCGUCCCUCACAACAUCAAAAUAAGCAACAUCACAUGCGAUUCUUUCAAGAUUUCUUGGGAUAUGGAUUCCAAGUCCAAAGACCGAAUUACACACUAUUUCAUUGACCUCAACAAGAAGGAGAAUAAGAACUCUAACAAAUUCAAACACAAGGACGUUCCAACAAAACUGGUAGCCAAAGCAGUUCCGUUACCAAUGACUGUUCGUGGACAUUGGUUUUUAAGCCCAAGAACAGAGUAUACAGUUGCCGUUCAGACUGCUUCAAAACAAGUGGAUGGAGAUUACGUGGUUUCUGAAUGGAGUGAGAUAAUUGAAUUCUGCACUGCUGAUUAUUCAAAAGUACACCUAACACAGUUGAUGGAAAAAGCAGAAGCUAUUGCAGGACGUAUGCUUAAAUUUUCAGUUUUUUACCGAAACCAACACAAAGAAUACUUUGACUACACCCGUGAGCACCAUGGAAACGUCAUGCAGCCCUCCCCAAAGGAUAACAGUGGCAGUCACGGAUCUCCUAUCAGUGCGAAGCUGGAAGGAGUCUUCUUCAGUUGCAACACAGAGUUUAAUACCGGGAAGCCUCCACAAGAUUCACCGUAUGGAAGGUACAGAGUUGUGAUACCGGCUGAAAAACUCUUCAACCCAAAUACUAACUUGUAUUUCGGGGACUUCUACUGUAUGUACACAGCCUACCAUUAUGUCAUCCUGGUCCUUGCUCCCAUGGGGUCACCAGGUGAUGAGUUCUGUAAGCAGCGCCUCCCACAGCUAAGCCUCCACGACAACAAAUUUCUGACCUGCACACAAGAUGAAAAUGGCCUAGUAUUUCACCAUGCCCAGGAUGUUAACUUGGAAGUCAUUUAUACUGACCCUGUGGAUCUUUCAAUGGGCACAGUUGCAGAAAUCAUUGGUCAUCAACUUAUGAGUUUGUCCACUGCCAACGCAAAGAAAGACCCCAGCUGCAAGACCUGCAACAUCAGUGUUGGACGUUAAGACCCCACUUGGGUUAUCGUGAAGCAGUUAACCCUCCCUUUUUCAUUCUUGCCAGACAUUUUGUCCGGAAGCAUGCAAAAAUGCAGCUGUCACCAAAAGCAUACAUGGAAUAUAGAACUUCUUAAAUCCCACCCUUCGCUGUCUGAUGGAACCUAUGGUGCAUUGCAUUUAAGUUCCUCCUGCAGCAAAGGAUUAUUACACUUUGGGUACCAGAGAAAUGAGCAAAUCCUAAACAUUGCUCGUAGAACUGGCACUCAAAAACAUAACCCUUUCACGACAGAUGAUGUGCCAGGACUGUCAUGAUAGCUUAGGCUUUGUCUUAUCCCAUGUCCUGAUGGGGUUUAAUAGCUUUGUUUUGUUUGUUUUUAUUUGUAAGUUUUAUGCUGCUCUUAACCAUUACAAAACAUUUUAAUAUUAAGAUGUUGGAAACUUUUUUGUUUUCCCCCCUUCUUCUGUUCUUUUGCCAAAACAUAACUAAAAACUAUGUAUACUGCUUUAGCGAGUAAAACAGAAAAUCAACUCUGGCUUUAUUGGGGUGUUUAAAUAGUGAACAUUUUAAUCUACUAAAACUAUUGGGAUAACGCAAAUAAAAAUAUAAAGAGCAUGAAAAAAAGUUGUAACUGCAGCAUGAAUGAAGUCUCAAAGCCUAUUAAUACAAAAACACUUCCAGCUAGUUGCUUGGCAGUGUUCAAUGUUAAAGAUAUUAGCUAACAGGAAAAAUACUGUAUUCCACCUUCAUAAAUAUGAUAGAAAAAUUUUAUUUGUACCGUUGUAUAAAAUAUUUACAAUCAUAUAGAAUAUAUAGAACACAUUUUAUUAGCGACUGUAUACAUUUCAUAAACCAUUUUUCCCUUAUCAAAGAUGUAGACUGUAAACUUCAUAGUCGUGUAUACGUUCCUGUUACUCUUGCUUCAAAUAUUUUAAUUAAAAACAAACAGAAGUCAUUCCGAUUCAUACAGUAUGUUGAAAAUCAAGUCAAUAUAAUGGAAACCAUCACAAAUUUCAUGAAAAUCACUUGCAAAUGGUACUUUUUUUUUUUCACGCCCAAUAAACAAUUUUAAAACGUCUGUCUUUAAAAUCAUGCAUUUUGGAUACAAGAGAUAUAGAAAUGUUUGUGUCGGUAGGAAUUUUAUAAAAGGACAAGUGCUUAGCAAGAUAGCAAAAAACAGUUAUUGAGUGUCUUGUUUGUUUGUUUGUUUGUUUCCAUGUGAGUGCCUGUGAACACAGGUGAAGACAAGGGAAUCUUAGCAGCAAUAAAUCAGUUCCACAGAUCUUUUCAUAGAGAUAACACUUUAGACUGAUACAAUUGAAAACAUGACCAAAACAGGAGUAUAUUAAAUGCAGCUUUGCACAUAUCAACAUUCUUAAAAAGGGUAAAGGGUUAACGGUGUCCGUUAAAACCUCCCGAAAGUGCAAAACAUAUUACUAUUUAUAUUGUGUCUAUAAUAGAAAAUGUCAAUUGUGCAGUUCACGAUUAAAGCAAGUCUGAUAGCUUUAUGAAUAGGGGAGGGAUUGAAAAGCAAGGUAUACCAAAAAACAGUGUUUUCGGAUAUCUUUCUUUUUAAAUGAAGAAUAUUUUGUACUAAAUUGCUAACUUAGACCUCCGUUUUAUAUGCUUUGCAAAUGAUUCGAUACUGUUAGAAAAACAUUCCAAAUGUUUUAUCUACAAAAAUUCCCAUAAAAUUUUAUGGAGACCUUUGCAGAAAACAUAUUUGGUACGUUUUUCGAACAGUGUUAAAUCAUUUGGAAAGCAUAAUAAAUCCAAGGUCUUCGAUGGUGGAAGAAGCAGUUUAAUAUUUCUGCUUAUUACACUCUCUUAGAAGCUUGUUAUUGGAACACAACAAGCAGGGUGAGUGCAAGGGAAACUUUAGAGCACGAGUGCCCAAAAGGUAGAUCCCCAGAUGUUGUAGAACUAAAACCCCCAUAAUGCUUUGCAUGCCUUUAGAAUGACAAAGCAUCAUGGAGGCUGUAGUUUUAAACCAUCUAGGGAUCUAGCUUUUGGGCCCCCCCGUGCUUUACAGGGUUUGUUCCCUAUAUAGUAAAUCAUAGCGAGCUGAAAACAAAGCAUUCAUUUCAAACAACUAUUUCCCUAUUUCGGACUAUACUUUUAAUUAGAAAAUAUAGGCUACAUUAGCCAAACUGUGACUAUGUGGAAUCGGAAUUGCAGUGUCAGUUCUCCACAAUCUACUGUAUAUGGAGUCAAACCCUCGUUGGUAUUUACUUCUAAAAAGGAGUCCCCACCUUCCCAAA